AUGCGUCUAACAAGCUUCACUUGGAGGCUUUGCCUUAUCGGAUUGGCCGCUGCUGCGUCAAUCCCUACGAGGUUUCCUGUGCCGGAUAAUUCUGGCUUAGGUUCUCGAGAGUUUUCGGGCCCUACAUUCGCAGAUUACGGCCUUCCCUCGGAAAAGAGAGCUGCCAAUGACGAUGAUCCGGAUCCAUUAGACAGCCCCGGACGCAGGGUGACUGCAUCAAAGCAACGAGCGUUCAUCCAGAGACUAGACAAGACUAUAACGAGGGAAAAUUCCUUGGCCAUACAACCGCACGAGACGCAGUUGGAAGGGUGGAAGAUUGAUGGUAUAUCGAUCAGUGCUACUAGCGAAUGGAAGGAUUGGCCCAGGACAAAAACGACAUUUAGGAUGGCAGGACUCACAGGCUGUACAGCUAUAAUCAUCGUCAAUUCCCACGGCUUUUGGCAAGGGCAUAUCUGGGAGGCUGAGGGUACCGCUGGGAAAGGUGGCGGCUUCAACGAGCUCCUGGCGAACAAUCAACCCAAGGAACGGACCGACGACGUUUUCAGGAAAAUAGCUGUGGAUAUUCUUGAUCAAUCAGCUCCAGAUAUUGCUUUCUACGAAAGUUUGGCGGACCUGAAGGGCGGCAAGGGCAAGAAGGGUGCCACCAAGAACCCGCUGGCGGACUCUGCAGACACGAAGGUCUUUAUACUUACAAAACAGAAAUCCAAAACGGAUAGCAGUACAUUGUACUCUAGCAAAAUCGAGAUCCUGAAAGCGAAACUGCGGGAUUACCUGCCGGCUUCUCCAAUUGUGCAAAAGACUUACAUUGGGAGGGAUACGGAUUACGAUGCAGAUUCCAAGCCGUACAAGGGGGAAAUUUACAUCCAGUACACGCCUUGGGAGAGAGACACUUGUGAGAAGGAUCGUAAGAAGGAGCCGAGGAAGGUAGCAAAAGCCAUGGUUUGGUAUGAGGAUAAGGAGCAAGCACCCAUUGAAAAGGAAUGGGAGACAUAG